GGGGCGGCCCGGAGCCCGACAGUGACUGAUCAGGGCAGGGGAGCCCGAGGGCGGGGGCUCCCUUCUUCUCCAGCCCCGCGAGCCAGGGUCUUCAAGGGGCUCCGGCCUCCACCUGGACGGCCAGACCCCUUCCUCCCAGCCGGUGCGGCUCAGGGCUCCAGGACAGGGGGGCGGGGGGCUGGACAGGGAGCUGUUGCUGCUGACGCUUGGCAAUGGUGGGCUGGCGGGCAGCCGGUGAGGCAGAUUGGGGGGAUGGGGGGAUGGUUAGGGACACACGCCAGGCUAAACGGUGUGUGGCUUGGGGAGGACGCCCCAGAUUGGGCAGAAAGGUGGUGGCUCAUGCUGAAGUAAAAAAUCAAAACCAACCAACCAACCAAACAAACAAAAAAACCCUGCAUGUCGAAGCAGUGAGCCAGGUCCCGGCCUCCCCUGCUUAUGUGGGAAAAUGCGUCCUUCCUCCACCCCCACCAGGUCCCUGAGGGCUGUGGGAGCCUGGACGGGACACAGCCCAAGCCCUGCCACCACCCACCCUCUCUAUUUCUGGCCCUUCUUUUCCUUUCCCAUGCUCUUCUCUGCACCCUGCCCCCUUCUCCCACCCUGCUGUCCCCCCCACCCAUCGCGGACUCUUCUUCCUUCUUUCUGCUCCUACCUGCUGGGGGCACAGCGCCUUCCCCCUAACCACCCCCUGUCAGAGCCCAGAGCCCCAGCCAGGGCCUGAGGUGGGGCUGCCUGUCAGGGGGAGCUUGGGCCGCCAGCCAGGGGUCUCCCUCCCCACUCUGAAGCCCCCAGACACCCUAAAGCACAGAGAGAGGUAGCCUCUGAUGCUUUCAGAGAUGAAUCAGACUGAAAACAGGGAUGGGCCCUGAAAGAUACUGAGAACUGAAGAGGAUCGUCAUGGUAGGGUGCUGUGGUUGUAGACCAGGCUCCGCCAACAGCUGAAAACCUUGCAUGCUCCUGUUCUGUGGCAAGAGGGUGAAUGACCCGCCUCUGGCCUGCAACAGAACUCUUACCUGCUGUGAAUAUCGGCCGCUGGACAAGAAGUGAGGCAGAGAAAGGUUUGAGCUGGACAGAGCAGCCUCCUCCCCUUAGGAUGGCCUCGCCCUCCAGCCCUCUGGCAUUCAGGCUCCAGACGUGGGAUGGAGGCCAAGAAGAUGGCGGUGAGGGGGACAAAGGAAAGCCGGGCCUCGGGGAUGGGCCACCCCCCAUGGAGUCACCGUUCCAGGGGGAGGACCGGCACUCCUCCCCUCAGAUCAAAGUGAACCUCAACUACCGCAAAAAAGCAGGUGUCAGCCAGCCGGACCCAAACCGCUUUGACCGCGAUCGGCUCUUCAGUGCGGUUGCCCGGGGUGUCCCUGAGGAUCUGGCUGGCUUACCGGAGUACCUGUCCCGGACCAGCAAGUACCUCACAGACUCAGAGUACACAGAGGGCUCCACGGGCAAGACGUGCCUGAUGAAGGCCGUGCUGAACCUGCAGGAUGGGGCCAACGCCUGCAUCCUGCCAUUGCUUCAGAUCGACCGGGACUCUGGCAAUCCCCAGCCCCUGGUCAACGCCCAAUGCACGGAUGAGUACUACCGAGGCCAUAGUGCUCUGCAUAUUGCUAUCGAGAAAAGGAGCCUGCAGUGUGUGAAGCUCUUGGUGGAGAAUGGGGCCAAUGUGCAUGCCCGGGCCUGCGGCCACUUCUUCCAGAAAAAGAGCCAGGGGACUUGCUUCUACUUUGGUGAGGAGCCUUUCUUGGAUAAAUUGAGGUGCGGAGGAGAUAAGGCCAUGCCCAAGGUCACAUGGUUAAUGUGUGGCAGGACUGGGCCCUUAAACCCAGAUCUGUUCAACCCCAAGGGCUCAUGCUUCUAAUCACUGGGCUCCCUGCAAAAGCAGUUUGUCUUAGGAGAUGUUUUAGCCUUGUCUGGGCAACGAAGCUCCCCAUACAUCCACAUCCAGACGGGGGGAGGGAAGGGACUGACAGAACUGUGUCAAUGCCAAGAGGUGGCUGUGCAGGCCAAGCUCAUGUGGCCCACCCUGCAGAUUUUCAGGCACAUCCUGCAGCGGGAGUUUGCAGGGCCGUGCCAGUCACUUUCCCGAAAGUUUACUGAGUGGUGCUACGGGCCAGUCCGGGUGUCGCUGUAUGAUCUGGCCUCCGUGGACAGCUGGGAGGAGAACUCAGUGCUGGAGAUCAUUGCCUUUCAUUGCAGAAGCCCGCACCGACACCGAAUGGUGGUUUUGGAACCGCUGAACCGACUGCUGCAGGCAAAAUGGGACCUGCUAAUCCCCAAAUUCUUCUUCAACUUCCUGUGUUACUUGACCUACAUGUUCCUCUUCACCGCUGUGGCCUACCACCAGCCGGCCCUGGAGAAGGCUUUCUUGCCCCCAGAAGUGACUGCUGGAGACCCCGUGCUGCUCCUGGGCCACAUCCUGGUCUUGCUUGGGGGGGUCUACCUCCUCGUGGGCCAGCUGUGGUACUUUUGGAGGCGCCGUCUGUUCAUCUGGAUCUCCUUCGUGGACAGCUACUUUGAACUGCUCUUCCUGGUGCAGGCCCUGCUCACGGUGCUGUCCGAGGUGCUGUGCUUCCUGGCCGUGGAAUGGUACCUGCCCCUGCUUGUGUCCUCGCUGGUGCUGGGCUGGCUGAACCUGCUUUACUACACACGUGGCUUGCAGCACACGGGCAUCUACAGCGUCAUGAUCCAGAAGGUCAUUCUGCGGGACCUGCUCCGCUUCCUGCUCGUCUACUUAGUCUUCCUUUUCGGCUUCGCUGUAGCCCUGGUGAGCCUGAGCCGGGAAGCCCGGGCCCCCGGGGCCCCCAGGGGUCCCAAUGCCACGGAGGCAGCGCAGCCUGGGGCAGGACAGACGGAUGAGGAGGGCAGCUCUUCCCCAUACGGUGACAUCCUGGACGCUUCCCUGGAGCUGUUCAAGUUCACCAUCGGCAUGGGAGAACUGGCCUUCCAGGACCAGCUGCGCUUCCGCGGGGUGGUCCUGCUGUUGCUGCUGGCCUAUGUGCUACUCACCUACAUCCUGCUGCUCAACAUGCUCAUCGCCCUCAUGAGCGAGACCGUCAACAGUGUUGCCACUGACAGCUGGAGCAUCUGGAAGCUGCAGAAAGCCAUCUCUGUCCUGGAGAUGGAGAAUGGCUACUGGUGGUGCAGGAGGAAGAAGCAGCGGGCUGGUGUGAAGCUGACCGUUGGCACCAGGCCAGACGGCAGCCCCGACGAGCGCUGGUGCUUCAGGGUGGAGGAAGUGAACUGGGCCUCGUGGGAGCAGACGCUGCCGACCGUGUGUGAGGAGCCAUCAGGGCCGGCUGUCCCUGGCACCUUGAAGAAUCCUGCCCCAGCUUCCCAACUAGAGGAAGGCAGUGUCUCAGAGGAAGAUCAACUGCCCCUCCAGCUCCUAAAGUCCCAAUAACGGCCCAGAUGCAGGACAGAGUCAGGGGAUCUUCCCAGCCCUACGUGCUGGCUCUGGGGCUCCAGGAAACUUUGGUGGCAAAUGUAAAUAAAUAUUUUCUCAUCACUAA